AUGUCGUUAUGUGCUAUGCGAUUUCAUGUUACUACAUGGGAACUAAAUUGUUUGCCAAAGGGUCGUACAUAUACAUGGAAGUUAGAACACGAUCAAUCUCUAUAUGAUUCAAAGAAAACUCGUCAGAACAUUCAACAAGCAUUCGACUAUUGGGCUCAUUAUACUGAAUCAACUUUUCGUGAAGUGGCUCAAGAUGAAAAAGCUGAUUUUAAUUUUGCUUUCGUAUCUGGUGAUCAUUCAGAUGGAGCUUCAUUGAAUCGACAUGGGAGAAAAGUAUUUCACACUUUUUCUACCGAAGAUCCUUAUACAGUACAUAUUUAUUUUGAUGCAAAUGAAAAUUGGUCAAAUGCAUAUGAUGCUAUUGGGAACAACCUAUUUUUAGUGAUUGCACAUGAAAUUGCACUUAUUUUUGGUCUUCUACAUUCAAAUGAUGAUAAAUCAAUUAUGCCUCCAUUUUAUCAAGCGAUUCAUCCAAAUGAAGUAUUGCCUAUACAGGUUUGCUUACUGAUUGUUUUUUCUUAUUUCGUUUCUUCUCAUGCAGACAAACACCUGUAACAACGUUCUUAAUGAGCAUUUAAGCUUUAAUGAAAAUAAUUUCAUAAAAACUGCAUUUUUUUCUCAUUUGUUUUCAUUUACAUAAAUUAAAACGUUAAUCAUUAGACUUCUUAAAAAAUAUUGAACAUGUUCUGUUUCGUCUCUAAUUGAACUUAUAAUACUUUUUAAAAUAUUUAGAGACAUUUGUUCAGCAAUAUAUAAUUAAUUCUCUUAAUUAGUAACUGUCAUGGCCUAGAUUCAAUCAUGCUACGUAUUUCACAAUAGUCAAGCAUACUAUCUGUUCAAGUAUCCAUAUGCUCACAAGUUAUAGUGAGAAAUGCAACUCAUUUUCUUGAAUGAAUAAAGGACAAAGAUCAUUAUUAGCCUCCUUAGUUUCAUAAAGAAAACCGAAAUAAUAUUUUUCUAAAAAAAGAUUCUUUGUUUAGAAAAAUAAUGCGCUUUUUCAGAAAUCUAUUGAAAGAACGGGGCCGCAUAAGAGGCCAAAUCGGCCCAUUAGGAAUUGUUCGGGAUAACCCUAUUAAAUCAUACAUCAUUUCAAAGAGCAAGUUAAAAUGAACAUUUUGAUGCUAUUUUCAUGGGGUUUCGAUCGAAUUUUUGAAGCGAAAAGCUAUUUACAAAGUUGCUCAUUUUUGGGCACUAAUCUAAUAAUCGAUCAUAUCCAUGGUCGACCCAGUUUUGGUAUAAGUUGAUAUGGAAAAAUGGUUGUGAAAUCAAGUAUUUGAUAGCUUCUUGAUGGGGCUUUAGUUCUAUAUAAGAAUUAAUAGUUUCUUGUUCGAUUCAGUCAGAACAAGAUCUGACAUAUUAUUAGACACUGUUUACAUAUGGCUCAUAUUGAUCACUAACUUUUAUCUUUCAACGAAUAUUUUAUCGAAAAAAUUAAAGGUACCAAAAUUCUGGUAUA